UUGCAUGUUGGAUACUUUAUAUCCGAAGGAAUCCAUAGUAAACAUGUCUUCUGUGGAGACCUAUUUGACGCAAAUUAAGCCCGCCAUUGAUAAUUUUAUAAAACAGCCAACCAAACAGACUCUCGCACAAGUAGAAGAAGUGGUGAAGGAUUUUGAAUUUGGGCGAAUGCCUAUUUUCCAUACGCAGGUUUUAGUGCCCUUGGUAAUAAAGUUAGAUGAGCUGACCGGAGAGAGCCAGGAACUGCGAACUAUUCUAUUAGACUGCCUGCGCCACAUUAUUUCCAAACUUCUUCUGUCAAAUGAGAAGGGCUUACGCUCCAUAUUGGUGGUAGCGCUACAGCAGAUUCGGGAUCCAAAAAGUGGCAUAACACGUCCCAAUCUUUCAGAGGAGAUUAAACUGGCAGCUGUCCUUUGCAUCAUGGCAGCCUUGCGGAAUUCUUCAAGCGAUGUGCAGGAUGCAUUUUAUACAAAAGCCACAGAGGUAAUAAUUGGUCAGAUAUUGCGUACGCUGUUGGAAUUCAUCGCCUAUGAAAAGUAUCGGAAGCUAGUCAACGAAUCUUUGCAAUGUCUUAUGGUAGUGUUCUAUGUGGACGACAAAGCCAACUCGGGCGAUGUUGUUCUGCGCAAUCAAGUAGCCAAUAUCGCGUUCAUAUUUCUACCAAAAGUAGUCACAGUACUAUUCAAAACAUGCAUGGCUGAUGAUAAAGUGGGUGAGAACAUAAAGACGACAGCUGUGAAAGCUUUGGGUCGGAUUAUUUGCAUAAUGUUUGAGGAAACUACGGAUGAUUUUCAAAAGUCACGCUACGACCUUCAGUCUUUCAAAAUGAUCUUCGACUCCAUCAGCCGUUAUGAAGAAUCUCCCAUUUUUGGGAACAGCAAACCAACGGGUGCACAAUUAGAAGAGCGUCUGAAACAACACCAUGCCGAGCUCCGCUCUGCCAAAUGGAUUUCGGAAACUUCACAGCGUAUGCGACCUAUCUUCGUUGGGACAAGCAUUUUGCGUGCCCACAAUUCGGUAAAAGUGCGAAAAGAGUAUGCAGAAAUGUGUUGUCUGUUGCUCAGGCACUGCGCACAUAAUUUGAAGCACAACUUUAUACAUCUACUGGAGGUUGUGGUUGCUCUGUCCGAAGAUGAAGAGCCGUCCAUUGCGGAAAUUUGCCAAAGCACCCUGUCUGCAUUGCAGCAGCUUCCCAGCCGUGCUGGAGUGUUCGACGAAAAUGCCGAAAUUUUGCUGGAUACACAUUUGAAUAAGUUGCCACGAAUUCUGCACCGUUGGGAUGAUAAUGAACAAUUUGCAGAGCUGUUAUUCUUUAAAGGCUUUGUGCGCAAUAUCAACUCAGAUAAACUACAGUUGUUCUUGUUAGUGCCCAAGAAUUUAGAUUUGUUCGUGAUGUGUGUACUAACUGCACUGGAUUUGCAAACCACACGUGAUUUGCUCAAUGAAGAGUACUCCCUACGUAGCAUACAGGAAAGCAGUGACAAUAAAUUGCUACAAAAGCUGCAUUGGCGCCAAUUCAAAUACCUGAGAGCGAAGCGGAACGUGGAUAUACUAUAUGACAUAGUCAUGUUAUUGGGUUGUAAGGAAGCUUUAAAUCAUCUUAUAUUUGAUUACUGUAUAGACAGAAUUCAGCAGCGAAGUUCAGUUAUGAACGAGGCAAUUUUAUUAUUGACCCUCUUGGUGCCUUCACGUGAAAAUCGCCUGAGCAAUAAUCAUCAGAUAUUGGCAGAACAAUUGUUAGAGCAGGUACUCAAUGAAGAGCACUGGAACUUAGCCCUCAAACCUGAUUCUCUGUGGCACCUCAAGACAGAUAAGCCAUCAGCUUGGUCUGAAGACCGCACGCCAGGUCUUUAUGAGGCUGCGAUCGAAGUGCGUACACAGGACUACGAUUCGGAUGAUGAUAGCGAACAAAUCAGCAAUAGAGUGAGCAUAUUGGAUGCCCAGUAUAAUGUCUUACAUACUUGUAUCGUCCUAGACGCUUUGGGACAUUGUGCGCAAUUUAUGGGCAAUUCAUUUGACCGUUAUGUAUUUCGUAGUUUGCACCAAGUGCUGCUGAAGCUGGCUAGCAGCAAUUGCAUCAUACAUGAGGCUGCAACAUUUGCGUUCAAGUCUAUGCAGCUUGCGCUAAGUUACACAGAACCAUCACAAUUUAUAGAGCGUUCCACAGACUAUAUAACAUAUCAUCUAUAUGCAAUGCUCAGGAGGGCGCCUGAGAGCAGCGCCGCCGUAGAAAUCCUGGCCGUGGUACUACAAUACAGCACGAGUGCAAAUGUGUCCCACCUGGACAGUAUCUUUGAUACGAUACGUGAGGAGUGUGCCAAGUCUUAUCAAAGCAACAAUUUGCAUUCGUACCUGCGUGUAUUUCAUGCUUUUUUGAAACAUGUUGCAAAGUGGCAGAGUCUGAGUGCUGCGGAAAUAAAGGAGUAUCCCAUGCAAGUGGAUAUAGUUGAACAGGACUUCCUCAACACUUGGCUAGAUAUACUCAAGAAGCCGCCUAUUCUGGACGCUUCAAUUAAUGCUCAAAAUGAGGCUACCACUGAUUUCGACAUAACUGAGCCAGUAGAAAAGGAAAACGAACCGGAACCGGAGGACUCCCUUUCAACAGCGCCUACUCUACCGCGACACAUUCAAAUGACUAAGGAUAUAUUGCACCAAAUCGUCAAACUCGUUUCAUGCACGGAGCAAACUCAACAAAUUCUGGCGCUGGAAUGUCUCGCUACCGGCAUUCCACUACUUGUUGACUACGAGGACGAGCUACUCCCGUUGGUCCAUCUCAUGUGGCAGCCGCUAAUUGAGAAAUGUAGACAAAAGGAUGCUCUAGUGUUGAAUCGCUGCUUCGACCUUCUUCAAAUCCUAGGUGUCUAUGCUAAAGAUUUCAUAUUAAAACGCAGUGUUAGCGAUGUGAUACCACAGCUGAAGCUGUUCCUCAAAACUGCGGGUGCGCACAGCAGAGUUGAGUCCUCCCUCGCACUGACUCAGGAGUACAAACUGCAACUAAAGUUACUGAAGCAUUUACCGAGCUUCAUUCAAAGUGUACAGCUUGAUGGCAAGCAUUUACAUGAGCUGCUCGGUAUUGUAGCGUUGUAUUUGUCGCAGACACAACCCAAAGAACUACAAACACUCGCCGUACAAUUCUAUCAAGGGCUAAUGCCCUAUAAUGCUCCAUUUGUGUAUGUAACGCUGCUCCCACGCGCACAUCUGCAGGACUACAAGGCAAAUGUGUCGGAGCUGGUAUCUGGCAUGGGUUUUGAAUUAUGGAAGUUAUAAAGUAGAAUGUCUUAUAUAAUAAAAUUCCAUUUUAUUGUUUCACAA